GUAAGUGGUGGGCGUGUCCUUUCCACUACAAAGACACACACGCGAUGCCCUGACCACGUUAGUUGAAUAUCUGCAAGUGGAUAGAGCACAUUGGAGCGCUGUGUUUCCUUUCUUUGAUACAAAUUCCGAGCUGUUACCAGGAAAGAAUCAAGAUGAUGGACGUCGGGAGCGGCGUGGACGGGGGUCAGUCCGCCCAGUACCCAACAGGCUACGGCCCCAUGUCGUCACUGCAAGACUUCUACUCCAACUCCCAGCACUGUUCCUACUCCAACCCCGGUCGCUUCGGGCAGGGGGGAAUGUACCGUGCUCACCCCCACUUCCCCACGCCCCUCCACUCCUGGCUGGGCUCGGACAAGAUGGCCGCUGCUGCCGUGGCCCCCACCGCCUACAACACACCCGCCGCCUCCUGGCACACGCCCUUCGCUAAGACCUACCAGCCCACGCCCACGCCAGCCCACCAGACCCACCAGCCCACACAGGGGUAUGCUGGGUACGGAUAUCCACCCACACCCCCUGAUGAUUCCCCCACAGCCGCCACACAGCAGGGGCCACCACCCCCGCCGCAGCAGCAGCCGCACGAGCACCCCAUGAGCACCAGCCCCAUGCCGCAGCAAGCACAGCAGCAGCCACAGCCCGAGCCGCCCGCCGCCCGCAUGACCCCAGACCGGGUCACAGCCUCACCCGCCGGUGCCACCAUCGCGGGCGUGAACGACAUCAAAAGUGACUCCUCGUACACACCAGUCUUCAGCUCCUCCUUCCCCUCCAAGCCGUCCCUGUCCCUCUCCCCCGCCCACUCCACCGCCCACCCCUCGGGCUACACAGGCUAUCCCUCCCACACCUCCAUGGACUUCGCGCACACUGGGUACUCGAGCUUCUACCCCUCCUCGGGCAUGACGUCCAUGUUCAGCAAGCCCUUCCCCAGCGUGCCGUCCACACCCAUCUCCCCGUCACAGGAGAAGUCCAAGAACUCCAAGCGAUCCAGCACCGAGGGCCGUGAGUGCGUCAACUGCGGCGCCACGUCGACGCCGCUGUGGCGACGCGACGGCAACGGUCACUACCUGUGCAACGCCUGCGGCCUGUACUACAAGAUGAACGGACAGAACAGGCCCCUCAUCAAGCCCAAGCAGCGCACGUCCGCAAAUCGUCGGGAAGGAACAUCUUGUGUGAACUGCAAGACUCAAACGACGACCUUGUGGCGACGGAACCAGAACGGCGAGCCAGUGUGCAACGCCUGCGGUCUCUACUACAAGCUGCACAACGUCGCUCGCCCGCUGUCCAUGAAGAAAGAAGGCAUCCAGACCCGCAACCGCAAGCUGAGCUCCAAGUCCAAGAAGAAGAAGGGAAUGCUGGGCUUCCCUGAUAUGCUGAAGCCCCUGGACAAGGGCGGCUUUGGCGGCUUUGGCACCGGCGGCUCCGGAUUCGGCUCCAUGUCCCACUACAUGUACGGCGGCCAGAUGCACGGCUCCUCCAUGGCGGGCGGCUUCAUGUCAGCGCCGCCCAUGCACGGCAUGUCCGCCAUGUCAGGAGGCCUGGGCAGUCUGGGCCUGUCAUCCGCCGCCGCAGCCUCCGCAGCCUCGCUAGGGCUGAGUUCGGGUUUCUGCACCGUGGCUGCGUAAGGACACGCCCCGCAGCCUCCCCGAGGAGCGGCCCGAUAUGGGAAGCUCCAGGGCACCACGUCCGACUAUAGUGUACAAAUUGGUGUGAUGAGCAGCGGCACAAAGGGCGGAGCGGCAGGCGGGAGCGGGCAGGCGCUGCACCACUACUCUAGUGUAUAUAGUGUACCAUAGACCAAAUAGAGAAUAUUUAACUCAUCACAAUUUUCUUGUCUUAGAUUAAGUUGAGCAACAUAUUGCAUAUUGUAAUAUCGCUAAUGUAACUAUGUGACGGAAAUAAACUGAAAACUUGAA